AUUUAACAGUGUGGCAGCCUUUGGGCCGGGUGGCAGCCUCGCCUGUAGCCUCAGUACAUUCGAAGUUGCAAGUAAACCACAAUGGCGCAUACAUCUAGUACCGGCGUUGUGGUGCCACGAAAUUUCCGCUUACUGGAGGAGCUGGAUCAGGGCCAGAAGGGUGUGGGCGAUGGCACUAUUUCGUGGGGUCUGGAGAACGAUGAUGAUAUGACGCUAACCUAUUGGAUUGGCAUGAUCAUUGGUCCCCCUAGAACACCAUUCGAGAAUCGAAUGUAUUCACUUAAGAUUGAGUGCGGCGAACGUUAUCCGGAUGAGCCACCAACGCUCAGAUUUCUAACAAAAGUUAAUAUUAAUUGCAUUAAUCAGAAUAAUGGUGUGGUUGAUCAUAGAUCAGUGCCCAUGUUGGCCAGAUGGAGUCGUGAAUAUACCAUUAAAACGAUGCUUCAGGAAAUACGUAGGAUUAUGACCAUGAAAGAGAACUUGAAAUUGGCACAACCGCCAGAAGGUAGCUGUUUUUAGUUGGCAACAACAGCAGCAACAACAACAACAACUAUAAACAUAACAACAACAUUAGCAGCAGCAACAGCAGCAAUAACAAUACUACACACAACUGCAAUAACAACAACAACAGCAACACCUGCAUUCAGCUGAGUGCAAGAGAGAGCUUUGCGAAAGAGAGCGUGCCCGCAACGGUAAGUCGCCUCAAUCCUCGAGAGUUGUGUGUAGUAGUGUCUAAGAGAGCAAAAGAGCGAAGGAGUGGGAGUAAAGUUGGUAGAGGAGUAGUUGAAGAGAAGAGAAAGGAGGAGCUGCAUUGUUGUUGUUCUUGUUGAAUGUGUGUGUGUGCGCGUUGGCAGCAGCGAAACUUCAACUAAAGCAUAAUAUACUAUAAGUGUAACGGCAACAACAACAACAACUGAAAGAAGAUGAAGAUGAAGUAGAAGAGCAACAGCAACGUCACUAUAAAUAAUGAAAUGGUCGUCGUCCCUUCCGUCAUCGAGCGUCGUACGAAUAUCAUCAUGUUUGGUUAUCACUUUCUUAACUAAGAAAUAAAACAAAACAACUAAACAAAAAUGAAAACAAAA